AUUUCACAAGCGGGCAUGGUCAAUGAUCUUCCGUAUUUCUUUGUGUAAACUGUUUGGGCUUCGCAGAAAGAAAUAGUAACAAAAGAGAUUAUUUCAUUUCAGGAACGAUAUUUUGAUUAUUCUCAUAAUAUAUUUCUGAUAUGGAGCCGAAUGAAAAUCAGAAUAGAGUUAUAAGUCUUGGAGAUGAUCUCCCUCCACCUGAGUUCGAAAGAACUUUGCUGCUCAUCAAGCCCAAUGCAAUAUCUAAGGCUAAAGCCAUCGAAUCCAUCGUAAAAAAAGAGAAAUUUUUCGUUCUUCACAGAAGACGAAUGUAUCUUAAACCCACACAAGCAAGAGACUUUUAUAUCCGUGCUAGAGAAGACGAAGAUGCUAAGAGAUACUACGAACUGUAUCAGGAAUUAAUAGAAGCGGAUAAGGCGAGAAAUCCUAGGUACAAAAUGCCAGUUAUCACAAUAGAAGACGUAGAAGAACCAAUUCCCACUUCUGAUGUGGAAGAAUUUGUGGACUUCAUGACCAGUGGUCCAGUUGAAAUUCUUGUGUUGGGUGGCCGUGGUGCAGUUGCAAAACUUGUGCGCCUCAUGGGCCCUGAAGAUCCAAGAGUUGCUCGCGAAAUCAUGCCAGACAGUAUCAGAGCCAAAUUCGGUGGUGAAUCCAUCUUACGCAACGCGGUACAUGGUAGUGAAACUCACACCCAGGCGGAAAAGGAAAUCCGAUUUUUCUUCCCCGAGGCUAAAUUCGACACGGAAUCCAAGUUAGGAGCAUCUGGAGAGUACUUAUCAAAGACAGUUAAUCCAAUACUUCUGAAGGGGCUCAUUCAAUUGUGCAGGCAAAAACCUGAUAAUCCAUUAGUAUGGCUCGCUGAUUGGCUUCUUGCAAAUAACCCUAACACCAAGCCUUAACUACAAGAUUUUGUUUCAUUAUUAGAUUUAUUUUUAAAUGAUUCACUCAUUUUGCCAGUAAAAUCCUAAUCUAUUGGUGUGGUAGGCCGAUUAGCUUCUUUUAAAAAAUUCCUAACAGAAGGCCUUAUUACUAGAUUUUUUAGAUGAUUUUAUGAAUUUUUAAAUGAAAAAUAUUUUCUUUAUUCAGUAAUGUACAACAAAAUUUCUCAGAAUUCUUUUCGAAAAUCUACAAACUGGUCUGUGAAACAUUUCAUUUCCAUUUUUCCAGAGGAAGAAGUGUUUUGGUAAUCCUAUUUUAAAUUUGUGCAAUGAGAUAAAUUGUGUCUUUAUCUCUUGGAUUCUGCAGGAUUCCAAACCUGCAGGAUUUCUGCAGGAUUCUAAACCUGCAGAAAUUGUACUGAUUUUUUAAGGGCAAAACGACGGAAGCUGAAAAUAGUUUAUAUAAAAAAAAAAUUAUCUUUCAUCCGUUAGUAUAACACGAAUUAUAUCCUAUUUGGCCACUUUCCUAAAAACUUUUAACUAUCUUCCAAAUACGAAAUGUGUGCAAAAUUAGCUAAUCAAGAAGCGAGAAAAAAUACUCGAGCAUCAAAUACUUAAUUUUAAAAGCACAUAUGAUAAACGAAUAAAAUAAUUUUUUAAAAAAUCUACAACGUUAAUUUCAGCAAUACUGCAUGUUCUUCUUUUAUAAUUGUCGAUACCUAUGGUAUAAGAGAAUUGCAUCCAAAAAUUCUGAAAAUCAGUGAACUAUAUUUACUGUUUACUCAUCACUCACAUAUUUUAAAGCAUUACACAAUAACAUUUUAAAAGUUCACAAUAUUACAAAACAAAUUUUUAACAUUAAUAUUUUUAUUAUAAUCAGUUAAAGAGGUGUUGCGAUAAUUUGUGGGAGCCCCUUGUUCUUUUUGUGCGCUUGUUUAUUUAUUCCAAGAAAAAAGAUCAUCCUUUUCUUAAUCACACUUACGCUGGUCUUUCCGUUCCUGAGAAUUAGGAUCUGAUUUGGUUCCGUUUGGGACCAUUCACACGAUGGUCUACUCGUCAUUACUGUCAUAGACUUAUGCCGUAAAUAAUAUACACUGGUAAAAUAAAUUAAGAGAAUUUUCAUCUUUAAUUUACGAUCUCCAUAACUACUAGACAGGUUUUAAUAAAAUUUGAUUUGAACAUAGGUGGAUAUAAUACAAACAAAAUAAACAUUCAACGGUUAUAACAGACAGACAUAUUCGUCUGUAACACUAAUGGGAGUCUGAAGGUCUGAAACAUUGGUUGCAGAAGACACAAAAGAAAAUACUUGUAUGGCUGUAAGAGGCGGUAUGGUCCCCUCUCACAGCCAUACAGGCCUCGCAGCAUGAUGUCAUACUGGAAAUAAGGCAGUAUAUCAGUGCCUGUGGCAAUUGGUCCCACUCAUUCAGUAACGCUGUUUUCAGUUCCUUGAUGGUUCUCGGAGGGGGUUGCGAAUUGCAGUUGCCCUCCCACAGCAUCUCAGACAUGUUCUAUAGGGUUGAGGUCUGGAGACCUUGCUGUCCAAUCCAUCCGGCAAAUAUCCUCACUCUCGAGAAAUUCGUCGACCAGAAGAACUCUAUGUGGCCUCAUGUUAAAGCCCUCUAAGAUGAACUCGGGGCCCACUGCACUCCGGAAAUCCAAAACCUCAUACCUCGCACCAGUCACAGAGCCUCUGUCAAAGACGUAGAGAGAUGUGCGCCCAUCCAAUAUGAUGUCUGCCCAGACCAUUUCACCGCCACCGCCAUAAUUGUUGAUUUCGCGGACAUUCGGGAGUAGGUAGCGAGUAUCUGGCUCUCUCCAUAUGAAAGUACGACGAGAAUCGGUGUUUGGGCUAAAACAGGACUUGUCGGUGAGCAGAACGGUCGCCCAUUGCUCCGUACUCCAAUGACUAUGUUGCUUGUACCAUGCUAAUCGGACUGCGGGACGUCAGCGGGACGCAAACAGCCGGUCUUUUGGCAAACAACCCUCUCUCAUUCAGUCU